CUCGCGGGCCAAUCGCGGCGCAGGGUCACGGCGUGGGGGUCAGGCCCAGGGCAGCGCAUGGCGGCGUCGGCGCCCCCGGGCAGCAACGGAGCAGGAGGAGGAGGAGGACGAGGAGCAGCAGCAGCAGGAGGAGGAGGGCAGCUCCAGCAGACCAAGCUGGUGAGCGACCAGCCGUACGACGAGAGCCUCGACGUGACGGACACAGAGGAGGUGGAGACGCCGACGCCGCGACAGACCGCAGCCCGAGAACCAAGUGCAGAACGGCGCUCCAAGAUGUCGGAGGCCAGCGAUGACGAUGACGCCCAGAAGAGCCAUGAGGAAGACUCUGAUGAGGAGUCGGAGGAGUCCGAAUCUGAAGAAGACAGAAUGCACGGAGCCCCUCCCGAAGGCGCGUACGACCCUGCAGAUUACGAGCACCUGGCCGUGUCUGCGGAAGUGAAGGAGCUGUUCCAGUACAUCACCAGGUACACCCCUCAGACGAUCGAGCUGGACAUGAAACUGAAGCCGUUCAUCCCAGACUUCAUCCCGGCCGUGGGCGACAUCGACGCCUUCCUCAAGGUGCCUCCUCCAGAUGGCAAGCCAGACACGCUGGGUCUCACGGGUCUCGACGAGCCGUGCGCGCGUCAGUCCGACCCCACCGUGCUCACGCUGUGGCUCACGGAGAACUCCAAGCAACACGCCACUCCUCAUGUGAAGGUGCGGAGUGUGGAGGAGGCAGAGAGGAACCCGCGCACGCUGGAGGCAUGGGUGGAGAGCAUCUCCGAGCUCCACCGAGCCAAGCCUCCACCCAACGUGCACUACACCAAGCCGAUGCCUGACAUCGAGAGCCUUAUGCAGGAGUGGCCCCCGGAGUUUGAGGAGCUUCUCUCCAAAGUCAGCCUCCCCUCGGCUGAUGUCAGCUGUGACCUGCCCCAGUACGUGGACCUGGUCUGCGCCAUCUUGGACGUACCGGUGUACAAGAGUCGCGUGCAAGCGCUGCACGUGCUCUUCACACUCUACUCCGAGUUCAAGAACUCACAGCACUUCAAGUGGCUGGCUGAGAAGGGGGGCGUGGGUGAGGCUGGCAGUGCCCCCCAGGCGAGUGAGCCGGAGGCCGAGACCCUGACUGUGGACUGAGAAGGCUCCCCACCACUUUCCCACACACACACCACUCACAUUACAUCACCAGCACACCGCAUCAUACCAGCACCACCCCACACACCAUAAAAACCACACCAGCAGUACGGUACACCACACCUGUGGUAUGCCAUUCACACCACGCAUAUCAUACCGGUGGCACAUUUGCAUCAUACCUGCAGCAUCCAACACCAGUAUCGCAUCAUGCACCCCACACACCACUGAUAUGACACUAGCAGCACGCUACAUUGUACCAUGAGGACCCCAUACGAGCAGCACACCAAACACACCACGGCAGCGGCACAUCACACCAGCAGCAUGGCCACACACGCGCCUGGCAGGUGCGUGUGUUCUCUGCGUUCCCCACCUGCGCCCCUUCGUCGUCUACCGUUCUCGUGUCACUGCACUGUUGUUGUCGUCUUUUAUUUUCAUGAAAUAAACAGAAGUAAAAAUG